AGCGUGAACAACGAGACUCUUCGAUAGUCCGUACGCAGACUAAGAGACGCAUAAAUAAGUAGUAUUUUCGCUCUCUCGUGCCAUCGUUUUCUUCAUUCUCUUCAGUUCUCUUCGUUGACCUUAUUUAGUGUUUUUACUUUGUCGGUUGUGCGUAGUCCUGUGCACCGUAUGGCGAGUGUUGCGGUACUGCUUUCUGCAAAACACUACCCGAUAUAUUUUUGAAAAUACUGCUGCACUCCCACGCUAUUCAGGCGCGAUUGCACAUAUUGAAGCAGCCAAGCGAGUGCUACAACUCUACCACUUUUUGUUUUUCCUUUUGAUCGAACAUUUUUCUUCAACAUCUGCAGAUUUUUGGCCGCGCUGCGCCUUCUUUGCGCCAACCCCAGAGGUGUAAUCAGGUAGGGCUUUUAUUCGACACUGCUUCCUCUCUUCCGUGCUGAAGCUUACACACGGUGCGUUCUUCCCCAACGUGGGACGCGUUUCUCGCGGCUUUUCUAUUUUGGUUGCUGUUAAUUUUUUUUUCUUGCUUCUAGAAGCAUUUCUGCAGGCACCAUGCGAAAGAACAACAGUGAACUUUUGGGUGUCAGCAAUGACGAGGCGGUGGCGGUGCCGCCGUCCCCACAAUCCGGACCGUUUCAGCGCCUUCAUCGUGACCAUUCAGCGCGGGUGACGAUGCCCUCGCUCAAACGCACACCCGCUGCGCCCAACAGAUUAUCCGCAAGUAGACGCGGAUACUAUGCGAAGCUUGUCUCCAUCGUAGUUGGUGCGUUACUUAUGAUGUGCAUCCUUUAUAACUCGAGUCGAUGCACUGGCACGGUUUCAGACGGAAAGAUGGGGCGACUGCACCUGAAGGACACGGACGAUGCUGCGCCCAUCGUGCCGGUGCAGCCCGUGCAGCUGGAGCCCGGGAAGGCCAAUUCAAUUGCGCUCAUUAUGCCGCUCGUCGGCUACCCGCUGAGCAGCAGCACAGGAGUGGAGUUGCUGCGUGAGCUGCUGCAGCCGUUGCUGUUGUCGGAGGCGGCGUGCCGGUGGUGGCGCACGCCGUCGUCGUGA